AUGAGCGAUCUAGAGGACGUUCCAUCAAGGUGCACCUAUGGUAAGCCUGGUGGUUUCUGCGCUCAUCCUCGGCGAGGGAAGGCGCAUUCUUGGGGGUCCAAUGCAUGGACUUGGGUAAGAUACUACGAAAUCUGCUCGUCGCCAUCUGAGCGCCAAAAGGCAGCUCGCGAUGCAGGCAUAGUGGAGGCCAAUGUCGCCAAGUGCCUGGAGGAUGCUGAGCCAAGCUCAGACUCCAGAGCCAUAGCUUCUCAAAUCAUUGCGAAAGCAGUUGACAGCAGCGCCGCCCUACAAGCCGUCAAGACGAGCCAAGUGGGUAACGAUUCGAAUCCGAAUCUGGCAAUGCAUCUUCCCUCGCCCCAAGAUCUCUCGAUGCGACAGAAAGUCAGCACAUAA